GAUAUCUUCUCUUCACUAUUGUAAAUUCGUAUAUAAAUAUCGAAGGCGACAAUCAUCCGUUCUGGGUAAUUUCAUUGAUAUUUCUCUUAUAACAUAGUUUAUACUAUAUGGACAGUUCAGAUCAUUUAUUAAACUCACAGUGUGGGCCCCAGAGAGAGCUUCCACAUGCUUAAUCCCAAGUCGCGACAGACAGAGAGAAAUGUUGGGCCCACCUCACUCCACCAAACGUCAUUUCUCUCUCCCAAUGUUCCCUUCCUCCGCGCCUCUCCUUUCCCAUAUCCGUCUCUCGAAAGAAAGACAUCUCUCCACCCUCUCUUUUGAUAAAAACACACCCCCUUUUCUCUAUUCCUUUAACACAAAAACCUCAUCUUACUACUCACUCACACACGCACACCAUCUACCAAUACGAUGAAGCUCGUUGUGGAAGUCCAGGACGCGAGCGACCUCAUGCCCAAGGACGGCAACGGCUCCGCCAGCCCUUUCGUUGAGGUCGACUUCGACGACCAGCGCCACAGGACCCAAACAAAGCCCAAAGACCUUAACCCCGUCUGGAACGAACGGCUCACCUUCAAUGUCACCAACCCGGCCCAACUCCCCGACCAGACCAUCGACGUCACCGUCUACAACGAGAGCAAACGCGGCCACCACAAGAACUUCCUCGGUCGAGUCCGGAUCUCUGGCGUCUCCGUCCCAAGAUCCGAAUCCGAAUCCGCCGUCCAGCGCUACCCGCUCGACAAGCGUGGCCUUUUCUCCCACAUCCGCGGCGACAUUGCGCUGAAGAUCUACGCCGUCUACGACUCUUCGCCACCCGGCCCACCACUAUCCAACGGAGUAGAUCCCCCAAUCGCACCGCCGGAUACUAACGUCAACCAGGGCAGCGGAGGCGGCGGCGGCGGAGACGACCACAACAGCAACAGGAAAAAGAACAAGAAGAAUUCGAACAAGGCCAACGAAACCCAAUCAUGGUACUCGGUCGGGUCGGGUCCCCCGCCGGGCCCGCCGAUCUUCGACUUCAUGAAGCCAGCGCCGGCGCCGGUAUCCCAGCCGUCGGAAGCGAAGCGAACGGACCACUCGCGGAACGAGUUCGUCGGCGGCGUCCCGGUGACCCUCCACCAUGUGCAAAUGCCCCCGAAGCCGCCGGAAUUCGGGCUGGUGGAGACGGCCCCGCCACUGCCGGGCCGUCUGUACGGGCACCGGCGGGAUAAGACGGCGUCGACGUACGAUCUGGUGGAGCAGAUGUACUAUCUCUAUGUGAAUGUCGUGAAGGCGAAAGACUUGCCGGUGAUGGAUAUCACCGGCAGCCUGGAUCCGUACGUGGAAGUAAAGCUCGGAAAUUACAAGGGCGUGACGAAGAUCAUAGAGAAGAAUCAGAACCCUGUAUGGCGUCAGGUCUUCGCCUUUCCAAAGGAACGGCUGCAAUCGAGUCUGAUCGAAGUGGUGGUGAAGGAUAAGGACUUCCUGAAGGAUGAUUUCGUGGGCCGUCUGACAUUCGACCUUACAGAGGUGCCGGUGCGAGUACCGCCGGACAGCCCGCUGGCGCCGCAGUGGUAUAAGCUGGAAGAUAAGAAGGGGGAGAAAGCGAAAGGAGAGGUGAUGCUUGCGGUUUGGAUGGGAACUCAGGCCGACGAAGCGUUUUCAGAGGCCCGGCACGCAGAUGCUCAUGAUCUGCCCGUUGAAGCCGAGAUCCAUACCCGAUCACAGGUCUACUACUCUCCUAAGCUCUACUACCUUCGGGUCCUCAUCAUCGAGGCGCAGGAUCUCGUGCCAUCUGAGAAAGGGCGCGUGCCGGAACCGUGGGUGAAGGUUCAGUUAGAGAAUCAGAUGAAGUAUACCCGUACUAGUCAGAUCCGGACCCGGGAUCCGACUUGGAAUGAGGAGCUGAUGUUCGUCGCAUCGGAGCCGUUGGAUCAGAGGCUGGUGAUCACCGUCGAAGAUCGGGUGGGUCCCAACAAGUCGGAGCCGUUGGGGUGGAAGGUCCUGCCGCUGUCGGCUGCCGUGCAGCGGCUGGACCACCAUAAGCCAGUUCCACCGCGAUGGUUCAACCUCGACAAACCAUCUUCUUCUGCGGAGACCGAUGAGAAGAAGAAGGAGGUGAAAUUCUCAAGCAAGAUCCAUCUCAGCCUCUGUUUGGACGCUGGAUAUCACGUCCUCGAUGAGUCGACCCACUACAGCAGUGAUUUACAGCCGUCCGCGAAGCAUCUCCGGAAGCCGAUGAUCGGGAUUCUGGAAUUAGGGAUCCUCAACGCGAAGAACCUGAUGCCGAUGAAGACAAAGGAAGGACGGGCCACCGAUGCGUACUGCGUGGCAAAAUACGGGUCCAAAUGGAUCCGGACCCGAACGGCAUUGGACACUUUGAUUCCGAGGUGGAACGAGCAGUACACGUGGGAAGUCCACGAUCCAUGCACCGUCAUCACCAUUGCCGUCUUCGACAAUUGCCAGAUCACCGGCAAGAAGGAUGACGGGCCCAUAGAUCAGCGGAUCGGGAAGGUUCGGAUCCGGCUCUCGACGCUGGAAAUGGAUAGGAUAUACACGCACUAUUACCCGCUUCUGGUACUCCAUCCAUCGGGCUUGAAGAAAAUGGGGGAGCUGCAUCUAGCCGUCCGAUUCACGUGCAUGGCCUGGAUCAACAUGCUUACGCUCUACUCCAGGCCGUUGCUGCCGAAGAUGCACUACGUGCAGCCCAUCCCGGUGUUGCACGUGGACUUCCUACGGCGGCAGGCGACCCUGAUUGUCGCGGCGCGGCUUAGCCGCUCCGAGCCGCCGCUGCGGCGGGAGGUGGUGGAGUACAUGCUCGACGUGGACUCGCACAUGUGGAGCCUGCGGCGGAGCAAGGCGAACUUCCACCGGAUAACGUCGCUGCUGUCGGGGUUCCUGAUGAUCGGAAAGUGGUUCGACGACGUACGAAACUGGAAGAAUCCGGUAACCACGUGCCUCGUGCACGUGCUCUUCUUCAUCCUCGUCUGCUACCCUGAGCUCAUCCUACCCACCGUCUUCCUCUACCUCUUCAUGAUCGGCAUAUGGAAUUACCGGUUCCGGCCGCGGGACCCACCGCACAUGGACGUGAGGCUGUCCCACGCCGAUCGGGCCCACCCCGACGAACUCGACGAGGAAUUCGACACUUUCCCGACAUCGCGGCCCAGCGACAUUGUACGGAUGAGGUACGACCGGCUCCGGAGCGUGGCGGGGCGUAUGCAGACGGUGGCAGGGGACCUAGCCACGCAGGGAGAGCGGGCCCAUGCCUUACUCAGCUGGCGGGACCCACGAGCCACUGCUAUCUUCAUCAUGUUAUCGUUGAUCCUGGCCGUGAUUUUGUACGUGACCCCUUUCCAGGUGGUGGCUGUGAUCUACGGCCUGUAUUUGCUCCGACAUCCCAGAUUCAGGAGCAAGUUGCCAUCCGCGCCUUUCAAUUUCUACAAGAGGUUACCCGCCAAAUCAGACAUGCUUAUCUGAAAAUGGGGAUUUUCAAAAAAAAAAAAAAAAGGAAAAAAAAAAAAGUGAAAAUCCAUUUCAAUCCUGGCCACGUUCUUGUAGUGGACCACCAUUUCUAUACAUAUGUACGUAUGUAUUAAUAAAGUAUUUUUGAUAGAAAAAAAAGGAGAUGGGAUAUGCAUGGCUGAGAAAA